AUGUUGACUCUGUUCCCACUUCGCGCUGCCAUAGCAUUUAUGGGUAUACUGGCAAUCCUGUGCCAGUAUAUAUUAAAGGUGACCCUGUCGGUGGCUAUUGGAGGAAUGGUCAAACCCGUACCUCAGGAAAACUCUGUGGAUGAAACUUGUCCCCUGCCAGGCUCUGCAAACACAAGCUCGUCAAACAUUGAGGGAGGAGAAUUUGAGUGGGAUGAGGAGAUGCAAGGUUACAUACUGUCCUCCUACUACUACGGGUACGCAGGAGUGAACAUAGUGGCUGGUUACGUUGCUGCCCGGUAUAGUGCCCGCUGGGUUUUCACCAUAGGACUGCUCGCUGCCGGUGUUUUCACGGUCUUGGGUCCUGUCUGCGCCAGUGCGAGCCCGGUGGUUUUCAUGAUAACACGAAUCCUCGUUGGAACAUUUUCAGGUGUUAUUAUACCAUCAAUGCACGUUCUAAUUGGGAAAUGGUUCCCCGAAAACGAGCGACAAAGACUAGGAGGACCUAUUUUCUCAGCGUCAUACCUCGGCACUGUAAUAUCAAUGGCAUUGUCUGGAACCAUUGUGAAGAAUCUGGGCUGGUACUCUGUGUUCUACAUUUUCGGCGGCGUCGCAAUAGCUCUGGUGAUUCCAUGUUUGUACUUUAUCUACGAUGAGCCUGAGUCGCACCCUAGGAUCACAGAGAAAGAAAAGGACUUUCUUUUGACUCACACUGGUAGAGAUCUGACAGAAAGCAAAGAGAAGAAGGAGCUUGAAAAGGAGCAGGAUGAAAUCAUUCGUAACCCGUGGCCCGCCAUUCUGACGUGCCCUGCUAUGUGGACGCACUGUCUAAUUGGAAUUGGAGGAGGGUGGGUCAAUUACACCCUGCUGUCUGAAUUGCCAACCUACAUGGAAAAUAUACUACACUAUGACAUCGACGAGGCUGGCCUCAUCUCAGCCCUGCCUUAUCUAUUUGGUUGGAUGAGCUGCAGUAUCUACAGCUUUCUGACAGAGAGAUUAACACGGAGAGGAGUGCACAUUAUGACCAUCUUCAGAGCAUGGGACGCAAAGAUUCUUACUUUUCAACCGGGAGCCAAGUACUCCCGCAAAUCCUUAGGCAAAUUCAAAUCUCGUACGGAGCGUGAAGUUCAUUCUAAUACAAAAGUUGUGGAGUAA